AUGGCUGCACUGGGCCUUUCGAGCAUGGUGAUUCUUUUGUCAUGUUAUACUGCUGUUUCGGCACAAUUCUCGGCCGAUUCCAGCAACAAGUCAGUUCGGAUUGCUGGUGUCGCCCUCGUAUAUAUCUAUCCUGUCUUUAGUGCUGCGUUUACCGAAGGGCCUUGCGCUUACUGGAGUGCGAAGCUCUACCCAACUCAUCUCCGAAGCAAAGGUGCGACCAUCAACGUCGUCACCUCUUGCGUUGUCAGCAUUCUUUGGACUCAAUCGGCUUCCUCUGCAAUUGCCAAUAUCGAAUGGAAGUUCUUCCUGGUAUUUAUCUGA